AUGCCCACAGAACAAGCCCUAGGCUGGAUAUGGCCCAAAGAUCCGAGACCAGGAAACCCAAGCACCUGGCCCCGCCGCUGGCGCCUCUUCGACGUCCUCCGCAACAAAGGACCAGACAUUUACGUGGGCGUGAUCCGGCCCGCGAAGGGCCGCACAAAAGAAACGGCAAAAACAACAUUGAAAACGGACUGGGCGCGCUGGGAAGACGAGGAACUGGAUAAAUACGACACGCCGUUCUUCUGGGCGAGGCGCGGGGGAGGAGAGGUACGAUUUUCGACGACGGAAGUAUCUUAUCCCGGAUCAUGGGACUUGGAGUCGGGUGGAGUAUUGUGA